CCUCCGAUCCCCCCGGUUGCCUCCGGUUCCCCAGCACUCCUGGAGACCGCCGGGCCCGGGGGGUACCGUGCCGGUCCGGCUCCAGCAGCCUGUCCCGGCCGCCAUCGCCGACGUGUGCUCCCGGGCCGGCGCCGUGCGCUUCCCCUCCUGGAAGUUCCCCGACAAGGUGUCCUGCGAGCUGGACGUGCCGCUGCUGCUGCAGCGCUACAGGCACAGAGACAGCGAGCCCGAGUUCAGCCAGCACGCACACGUGGUGCUGCUGGAGCUGCUCAUAGACAGGCUGCUGCUGCUGCUGCAGAGCUUUACCGGCUACGCGGACACGGUGCUGAGCGGGCGGGCGGUGCCGCCGGCGCGGGGCCCGGCGCCCGGCAUGUCCGCGGGGCUCACGGCCAGGACCUUCUGGAGCAGCAUGCUGAAACUCGGGGCCUUCUGCCAGCAGCUCCGGGACGAGGCUGGGAAAUAUCAGAAGGAACACCUGAAAUGCUUCUUGCCAGAUGUUUUGGAGUCAGGAACUGCCCCAGAGGCUGCCCAGUCCACUUCUGUGUGCCCACGUCCGGGUGUCCAGCCCAGGGCUGGCCCCAGCCUGGCUCAGAGCACCCGCAGUGUCCCCACGCAGACGCCGGGGUCACCCCUGGGCUCCUGUGACACCUGCUCCAGCGCCCAGGCCAGCCUCCACGAGGUGGGCAGAGCCAUCACCAGCAUCUGCCAGAGCCAGAACAUCCCUUCAGCUCUCAGCAAAUUCCAGGAGGUGCUGGGGGACAGCUCAGGGAGAAGGAACCUCUCUGCAACAGACAUGAGCUACUGGGCCUCGGAGCAGAGCAAGGACCUCUCCCGCAUCAACAAACACCUCCAGGGGCUGCUGCAGCAGGUGAACCCCCUGAAGGCUGAGCUGGAAGAGCUGGGCAGACAGAAGGAGAAGCUGCAGAAACAGGUUGAGGACUUUUCCAGGAGGCUAAAGGCAGAGAAGGACACCCAAGCAGAGCAGCAGAAGAAGGCUGAGCAGGGCCUGAAAGCCAAGGAAAAGGAGCAUUCCAAGGCUGUGGCCAAGCUGGAGCAGGACAAGGAUGACCUCCGGAGAGGAGCUGCUCUGCUGGAGGAACGACUCUCGGCCCUGAAGGAAGAGCUGGCAGCGAAACAGGUGGCUGUGCAGGAGCUGGAGCUCUCCAAGACCACCUUGAUGGAGGAGAUGAGGACCACAAUGGUGGCCCGGAGCCAGGUGCUAGAGUUGGAGGAGAAGGUGCAGGUGCUCACAGGCCAGAGGAACAGCCUGGAGCAGCAGCUGAGUGCCACCAGCAUGCAGCUGGAGAAGGAGAAGGUCCGUGUGGAGAGCAUGUUCCGGCAUGAGGAGUCCCUGCAGGCCAAGCAGAGGACCCUGCUGCAGCAGCUGGACAGCCUGGACCGGGAGCGUGAGGAGCUGCAGGCCAGCCUGGGAGAGGCUGAGGAGGACAAGGCCCGGCUGGCUGAGCAGCUGGAGCAGAGCCAGGAGCGGAGUGGGAAACAGCUCCAGGCACAGCAGGAGCUGCUGGACACGCUGCAGCAGGAGAAGCUGGCACUGGAGCAAUCCAUCCUGGAGCUGCAGGCAAACACAUCCCGGCUGGAGCAACAGGCACAGGAGCUGAGGGAGCGGGAAAGGCUCCUGGUGUUCUUCCCCGAUCUCCACAUCCCCACUGAGACGCAAUUUGAGAGCAGCGGGAACUUUACAGAGGACAUGGAGAGUCAGCUCCAGGCCAACAAGAUCCGGAUCGAGGUGCUGGAGCGGGAGAACGCGCAGCUCGAGGCUCUGCUCGCCAAGGUGAAGGCAGCAGCCGAGCAGGGUGUGCUCAAGUUCGUCCCACAGGCCCAACUGGGGUCCCAGCUCCACAGGGAGGCCAGCAGACAGGACAUUGGGCAGCUCAGCAGCGGGAGCAGCAGGGACAGCACAGGGGUGCCAGGAUGCAUUGACAAGGCCUGGUAUAGAGCUCCCAGCAGCCAGCACUCCAAGAAACUCCGGGCAGAGCCCACAUCCCAGGCCAAACCCUGCCUGACUCUCCCAGUGCAACGCCUGGGGCUUGGCCUCCCCUCACACCACACCAGGGCUCACCGCAAAUAAACACGGAUCAGUCUGAA